GAGGAACGCAUAUUUCAUGUUUCUCCAUCAAAAAUGUAUUUUGUUCCAACAAUGAAAUUUGAAAAAUCGACAUUUAUUCAUGGUGAAAUACCACAUUGGAAUGCCAAGUUCAUAGAAAUUCCAUUUUUGAAUAACAACAUUACAAUGAUUAUAUUUUUGCCAAAUAAAAAUAUGGAACCUGGGAAUCUGGAGUACUUGGAUAAAAAGCUUAACUUUGCAGAAUUUAAGUCAAUUAGAAAUGCAUACACAAACAAAUUUGAGCAAGAUAUGGAAUUAUAUUUACCUAAGUUUACGAGUCAAUGUCGUCAAAAUAUGACAGAAUAUUUUCAUCAGAUGGGCAUAACUACGAUGUUCGAAGAUAAUGCGGAUUUUACACGUCUCUCAAAAAUUCCUCUAAAAGUGAACAAUAUCGUUCAAACAAUUUCCGUAACAAUUAACGAAGAAAGUUUGGAAGUUCCGAAUGUUGACAAAAGCGAAGUAAGAAAACUGGCAAGUCCACUGCAAGAGUUGGUCGUAGAUCGUCCGUUUCAUUAUAUAAUCGAAAUGCAUGGAGAGAUAAUAUUUGUUGGAACCGUGCGAGUACCAGACUUUAGAACAUUUAUGAGAGAUGAAUUAUAAAUUCUGUUAUGUUCUUAUAUUUAUUGACAGUUUAUAUCACACAAUGUAUGUACAGCUUAAAUUUUUUUAAAUUUUAUCA